AUGUCGGUCGUUUUGGAUGAGAAGGAUAUGAAUGACGUAGCAGAAGGAGCCGAGAAGAAACUUUCCAAAAAGGAGUUAAAUAAGCUGGCAAAGGCCGCUAAAAUAGCUGAAUUAAAAGCUCAAAAGGCUUCGUCUCAGCCUAAGGAAGAGGAAACUGAAGAUGUCUCAGUAGGGAUGUACGGCAGCUAUGGUAUGAUUCAGUCGACUGACAAAAAGGACAUCGUCUUCACUAAAUUAAGUGAGAUCGACGCCAAUAUUCA